CUUUUGACUAAUCUUGCCUGAGUAUUGUGUAUUGGUACCACCUUCUGAGGAUUCGUUGGCUUUUCUGAUUAUUAUGUCGAACCUCACUCAUCCGUCCAGCCUUAACGAUGGGGUAGCUAAUUCAAAAGAAUGAUGUUUGUCUUGCAGCUAUCGUCGUAUAGUUUAAGUUGUUCGAAGUGAAUACAAAAAAUAGUGGAAAUAAGUAUUUCUCCAGACAACAUGGCUGAGGAAAAUACUUCCCAUGGAGAAAUAACCACAGAGCAGUCCACAGCAUGUACAAGCAAUAAAGUCGUAGAUUUAGGAAAAAAUCAAGAAAUCACGGACAACCAGCAACAUUCAAACAAGAACCAGGGGAAAGAGGAAAGCAUUAAUAGAGUACCAUAUUAUAAACUUUUCUCCUUUGCUGACUCCUUGGAUUAUCUGCUAAUGUUUGUUGGCACAGUUGCUGCUGUUGGAAGUGGAAUAUCUAUGCCUUUCAUGACCAUAAUCUUUGGAGAUACGAUUGAUUCUUUUGGAGGAACAGUAAAUACCAAAGAUGUAGUUCACAAGGUUUCCAAGAUAUCCCUAAACUAUGUAUACUUGGCUUUGGGAUCUGGCGUUGCAUCCUUUUUUCAGAUGGCUUGUUGGAUGGUGACCGGGGAGAGGCAGGCUGCAAGUAUAAGAAGUCUAUACCUAAAAACUAUUUUGAGGCAAGAUAUUGGCUUCUUUGAUAAGGAAACUAAAACAGGAGAAAUAGUUGGGAGGAUGUCAGGAGACACUGUACUUAUUCAAGAUGCAUUGGGCGAGAAGGUUGGAAAGUUCAUACAGUUGGUAGCAACAUUCAUAGGAGGCUUUGUUAUAGCAUUUGUCAAGGGAUGGCUUCUUGCCCUUGUCUUGCUAUCUUCCUUUCCACCUCUUGUCAUCUCUGCUGCUACCAUGAGCAUCAUUAUAGGAAAGAUGGCAUCCCGAGGGCAAACUGCUUAUUCGGUGGCAGCAACCGUAGUAGAGCAGACGAUUGGUUCCAUCAGAACUGUCGCAUCCUAUACAGGGGAAAAGGAAGCCAUAACUAAGUACAAAAAGUCUUUAACCGAAGCUUACAAGUCUGGUGUCCAAGAGGGCUUGGCUGCUGGGUUGGGAAUUGGUGCAGCUAUGUUUAUUAUAUUCUGCAGUUUUGCUUUGGCGAUAUGGUUUGGUGGGAAAAUGAUUCUUGAGAAGGGAUAUACGGGAGGGGAUGUCAUUAAUGUAUUUUUUGCCGCUCUGAUUGGCUCCUUUUCGCUUGGUCAGGCCUCUCCCUGCAUGAGCGCAUUUGCUGCUGGACAAGCUGCAGCCUUUAAGAUGUUUGAGACAAUUAACAGGAAGCCACAGAUAGAUGCUUACAACACUGAGGGACUGCAAUUAGAUGAUAUUUGUGGAGAUAUAGAACUAAGGGAUGUGCAUUUUAGUUAUCCUGCAAGACCUGGAGAACAAAUAUUCAGUGGAUUUUCUCUUUCAAUACCUAGUGGUACAACCUCUGCUUUGGUUGGGCAGAGUGGAAGUGGGAAAUCAACAGUAAUCAAUUUGAUCGAGAGAUUUUAUGAUCCACAAGCAGGUGAGGUUCUUAUUGACAAAAUCAAUCUUAGAGAGUUCCAACUAAAGUGGAUCAGAAAGAAAAUUGGCCUUGUCAGCCAAGAACCUGUGUUGUUUACUUCUAGCAUUAAAGACAAUAUUGCUUAUGGUAAGGAUGGGGCAACUACUGAAGAGAUAAGAGCUGCUGUUGAGCUGGCCAAUGCUGCUAAAUUCAUUGAUAAACUGCCUCAGGGACUAGACACGAUGGUUGGUGAGCAUGGAACUCAGUUAUCUGGGGGUCAAAAGCAGAGAGUUGCUAUAGCCAGAGCCAUUCUAAAAGACCCAAGAAUUCUACUACUAGAUGAAGCCACAAGUGCUCUCGAUGCAGAAUCUGAGAGAAUUGUGCAGGAAGCAUUGGAUAGAAUUAUGACCAAUCGAACAACCAUUAUUAUUGCUCAUCGAUUGAGUACAGUGAGGAAUGCUGAUAUGAUUGCAGUUAUACAUCAAGGGAAAAUUGUUGAAAAGGGUACACACUCUGAGCUUACUAAGGAGCCUGAAGGACCAUAUAGCCAGCUUAUACGGUUGCAAAAUCUUAGCACAGUGUCAGAACAAAAUGCUUUAGAUGACCAGGACAGGCUAGAACCUAUGAAUUCUGGAAGAAAUUCAAGUCAAAGAUUUUCUUUGUUACGAUCCAUAAGUCGGAAAUCAUCUGGAAUUGGAAAUAGUAGUCGUCACUCAUUCUCAAUUGCAUUUGGUGUGCCAACUACAAGUAUGCUGGAAACAGAACCUGUAGAAAGUAAUGCUCAAGCUUUAGCACCAACCCAACUACCUCCAGAAGUGUCACUUCGCCGUCUGGCUUAUCUUAACAAGCCAGAGAUCACAGUGUUACUUCUUGGCAGUAUAGCUGCAGCAGCCAAUGGGGCAAUUUUUCCUGUUUUAGGGAUGGUAAUCUCUGGCAUGAUCAAAACUUUUUAUGAACCAGGAGAUGAGCUCCGUAAGGACUCAAAAUUUUGGGCAUUAAUCUUUAUUUUACUUGGUGUGGCAUCUCUAUUGGCCCAACCUUCACAAUCAUACUUCUUUGCUGUUGGUGGAUGUAAGUUGAUAAGACGGAUCCGAUUAAUGUGCUUCAAGAAAGUGGUUUAUAUGGAAGUAAGUUGGUUUGACGAAGCUGAGCACUCAAGUGGUGCACUGGGUGCAAGACUCUCUGCAGAUGCAGCUUCGGUGCGAGGCCUAGUUGGAGUUGCACUUGGUUUGCUUGUUCAAAAUAUUUCAAGUGCUAUUGCUGGCUUGGUUAUUGCUUUCACAGCAAACUGGAUAUUGGCUCUGAUAAUCCUUGUUUUGCUACCUCUCAUAGGAAUAAAUGGAUACGUUCAAAUGGAGUUCAUGAAAGGAUUCAGUGCUGAUGCAAAGAAAAUGUAUGAAGAAGCAAGUCAAGUUGCAAAUGAUGCAGUGGGGAGUAUAAGAACAGUUUCUUCUUUCUGUGCUGAAGAGAAGGUGAUGGAAUUGUACCAUAGAAAAUGUGAAGGCCCAAUUAAGACUGGUAUAAGGCAAGGGUUAAUCAGCGGAGUAGGUUUUGGGCUAUCAUUCUUCUUGCUGUUUGCAGUAUAUGCAUGCAGUUUUUAUGUUGGAGCCCGACUUGUAGAGGAUGGCAAGACAACAUUCUCAGAAGUUUUUCGUGUUUUCUUUGCUCUUACAAUGGCUGCCGUGGGAAUUUCUCAAUCAAGUUCCCUGGCCCCUGAUGCAAGUAAAGCAAAGAGUUCUGCUGCUUCUAUAUUUGCAAUUCUUGACAGGAAAUCAAAGAUAGAUUCUAGUGAUACCUCUGGAAUGACGAUAGAAAAUUUAAAGGGAGAUAUUGAGCUCCACCAUGUCAGCUUCAGGUAUCCCACGAGACCUGAUGUUCAGAUAUUCAGGGAUCUUUGCUUGGCUAUUCAUUCUGGCAAGACGGUUGCUUUGGUUGGCGAAAGUGGGAGCGGAAAGUCAACAGUGAUCUCCUUGUUGCAGAGGUUUUAUGAACCUGAUUCUGGUCAUAUUACACUGGAUGGAAUUGAAAUUCAAAAGCUACAGCUAAAGUGGCUUAGGCAGCAAAUGGGCUUGGUGAGUCAGGAGCCUGUGUUAUUUAAUGACACCAUCCGAGCCAACAUUGCCUACGGAAAGGAAGGAGAUGCAACAGAUGCAGAAAUUUUAGCCGCAGCAGAAUUAGCAAAUGCUCACAAGUUUAUUUGUAGUUUGCAGCAGGGGUAUGAUACAACAGUAGGUGAGCGUGGGGUCCAAUUGUCUGGGGGACAAAAACAACGAGUGGCAAUAGCUCGGGCAACUUUGAAAGCUCCCAAAAUAUUACUACUCGAUGAAGCCACUAGUGCUCUUGAUGCUGAGUCUGAACAGGUGGUUCAAGAUGCAUUGGAACGAGUUAUGGUACACCGGACCACGGUGGUGGUGGCUCAUCGUUUGUCUACAAUUAAGGGAGCAGAUUUGAUUGUGGUGCUCAAAGAUGGGGUGGUGGUGGAGGAGGGAAAACAUCAAACUUUGCUCAAUAUCAAGGACGGUAUUUAUGCUUCGUUGGUAGCAUUACAUACAAAAGGUUCUUAGCAAGGAAGAAUGAAAGGCUUGAUCUAUUUGUCCUUCCACAAA